UUUAGAUUAAACUAAAAUUUAAAAUAUGGAUGUCAAAAAUGAUUGUAAUUUAAAUACAAGAAACUCUCAAACCAAAGAUGUUAUAGGAACUAGUUUAGUUGUAAAUGAAUCUUCUAAUUCUCCAAGUAGUUUUCAAAGAUGCAAGUUAAUUUCGCCAUUUUGUAGAAAUAACAAUGAUAUGAUGGCAGAUAAUGAUUAUGUAGAUUACACUCAUGAAAGAAUUGAUUUAGAUGAUGCACUUGAACAAAUUUUCUUAUCUGUUAUAAUGAUUGGAAGUCGGUUAGGGGCAGCUUAUUAUAAUUCAGCUACUUCAAUCAUUUAUAUGAUUCCUGAUGUUAUUGAAACACAAGACCUGCUUUUUCUUCACAAUCUACUUUCUCAAGUCAAGCCGUGCCUUAUUGUGACAAGCUCCAAACAGAAAGAAUCUUUUAUAGAUUUUUUAAAAAACAAACAAGAUCAUUCAAAUGAAGAAAAGUUUAAAUUAGAAAUUUUACCAAGCAAUUUUUUUGCAUUUGAAUCGUGCAAACGACGAAUCCUUGCUAUAAAUGGUCUAUCCGGAUUAUCAGGCAGUUCUGAUGAUGAUCAAAGAAUAAUAUAUUUUUCUUCAAUUCUUAGUUUUGAUAACACAAGUAUGGUUUCUGCUACUGGUUCUCUUCUCAAAUAUCUAGAUCAAUCAAGAAAUGGAAUAGAAUUAGAAGUUGGAGUUCAAACACCCAUCUUAUUUCUUAAAACUGUUACUAUAUCCAAUUUGAUACUAAUUGAAGACCAUGUAUUUUCUGCCUUGCAAAUUUUUCAUAAAGAAUUGCACCCAUCGGUCUAUAAAUCUGGCUCUUGUGCUAAAGAGGGUCUUUCAUUAUUUGGGAUUAUGAACAGGACAAAGUCCCAACAAGGAUCUGCAUUACUUCGAGAUUGGUUUCUUCAACCUAGUAAUGACAUUUCACUUAUCCAGAAUAGGUUAAAAGCUGUGGCUUUCUUUUUUAAUUCAAGAAAUGUUGAAAUUGUAGUUGCACUUCAAGAUGCAUUAAAAAAUACAAAGAAUAUUUUGCGAAUAUUAUCAAAAAUGAAAACUACUUCUAUUUCACUGAAUGAUUGGCAAACACUGUAUAAAACUUUAUUCAACGCAGUAUGUAUAGCAGAUAUCUGUAAACAACUUCCACAAGACAUUGGUGUUGUCAAUAAAAUUUGUGAGACAUUUACUGACAAGCUUCUUCAUAUUGCUAAUCUAAUGAAACAAAUUAUUGAUUUUGAGGAAUCUCUGUACGUCAACCAUUUUGUAGUCAAAGAAGGUGUUGAUUCUCAGUUAGAUGAAAAAAAAAGAACUUUCGAUGGCAUUCCUUACUUAAUGACACAAGUUGCCCAUAAAGAGCUUAAUAGAUUGACUGAAAGUAUCACAAAAUGUAGUGUCACUUACUUGCCACAGUUAGGGUACCUGCUAAAUAUCCCUUUAACAGAUGAAAUGAAACUAAGUCGCAAUUAUGAAAUUGAUGAGAAUUUAGAAUUUAAGUUUGCUACAGAUGAAUCAGUUUAUUACAAAUCUUCGGGCACUGAAGAACUAGAUUUAAAAGUUGGAGAUAUUCAAUGUGAAAUAAGAGACCAUGAGACAACAAUAAUGCAUCGUCUUCAAGAUGUUAUCCUCGAACACACUGGCACACUUAUUAAUGUGGUUGAAGUCUCUGCUGAACUAGACUGUAUACUUGCAUUGACUUCUGCAGCUAAAGAAUUCAACUUUGUAUGCCCAGAAAUUGCUAAUGAUGAAGAAAAUGUCACUGACAUAAAAGGAGGGAGACAUCCACUUCAAGAGAUGUGUGUCAAUCAAUUUGUCGUGAAUGAUACAAAGAUAAGUCAGUCUGAAGGAAAAAUGAUAAUUUUAACUGGCCCAAAUGCAUCUGGAAAGAGUGUUUAUAUGAAACAGGUUGGUAUCAUUGUUUACUUGGUACAUAUUGGAAGUUUUGUUCCUGCUGAUUCAGCACUGAUAAGCAUUAAGGAUGGUAUUUACACAAGAAUUCAUUCACAAGAAAGUGUUUCUAUUCCAUUAUCUACUUUUAUGAUUGACCUCAAUCAAAUUUCUGUUGCAGUCAAUCGUGCUACACAGAAGUCACUAGUUAUAAUUGAUGAAUUUGGAAAGGGAACUGCAUCGGAGGGAACUUCAGUACCCAGUAAUCAGUGCAACUCCAUUUUUCAAAAAUUAUUUACUUGUAUCGAUGGAGUUGCAUUGCUUUCUUCGACAUUACUCUAUUGGUUGCAGGAUGAAAUAAAUUGUCCUUCAAUACUUGUUUCAACUCAUUUUCACAGCAUUAAACAACUCCUACCUAGCUCUCCUAUUAUAAAAUACCAGACAAUGGAGGUAAUAGAGAAUGACGGAGAUUUGAUUUUUUUGUAUCAUCUAAAAGAUGGCUAUGCCAAUUAUAGUUAUGCUUGUUACACAGCUCGUUCUGCAGGUAUACCUGAGGAUCUUAUCUGUCGAACAUUAAAGGUAACUGAACAGUGUCAGAAAAAUGAGCCAAUCACUAAAGUGAGUCUUCAAAGCCCUGAUCAAAUAGAAAGGAUGAACAAGACUGCUCAAGCGCUCAUUGAUCUUGACAUAGAAAACUCUGAUAUCAUAGAUUUUUUGAAUAACAUUGCUGAGUAUAAUACAAAAUUUGCAUCCAACAUAACUACCUAGGAUUGUUAAUUUUAAUAUUUUAUUUUCAAAUUAUUUUAGUUUUUAGAUCAGUUGUUUAUUUUUUAAUUAUGUAAAUAUGCUGUUGUAAAAAAAGAAAAUAAAUAUUG